GGUGGUUCAACGGUUGGGCGAUUCGGAAAAUUUAAUCGGAGAUCUCAUUCGCGUAAUAAUGAAUUUAGAAAAAGCAAAACAAACUGCUGAAACAAGGUUACACAAUCGGCUGAAACGUCCGGGGGAUGAGAACGUCAAGGAUAAUGCACAACUAAGCCUUAUUUCGGAAGUAAAAAACUUAAGCGAUCAAUUAAACACGCUCAAUUAUCAGUUGUAUUGUGCCAGAACAGGACACGGGGGGUUGCAAGAGGCGCGUUCGUUACUCGAGGACGAUUCUCGUAUUAAAAGGAAAACGCUUUGGAUCGAUAGCAUUAGAUGUCAGAGGAUACGAGCGCAUUAUCCUUCCGUAAACAUAUUACUUGGCCGAUGAAGCAACGUGAUUAUUUUAAAAUUAAUAAAAAUAAUAUAAAUUAUUUUGUUGUGACCCAUCAAAGUACUAAUAAUAUAUCAUGCUAUUUAUUAAUACAAUACUCGCCAUAACGAUAUAAACUCAAAAUAAUGUUGGCACUCAGCUAGACCACGUAUUUAUGCACACGCAUUUGCAAGCAAUACACACUUUUAUUUAUAAAAUAAAAUUAAACACUGUAGUGUUGUAAUAAUGUUGUAUAAAUUAUUGAUGUUUAGUAUUAUAAUAUUA